AUGAUGCAGAGCUGUUUCAAAAAUAAAAUUGGUGACGUUGUAUUGCCUGGCGAUAUAUUUUCAUUUGAACUGCCAGUCACAGAGGACGGUAGCGUAAAAGCGGAAAAAAUAAUAUGCGGACCAGGGCUACGUCGGAACGGAGAUGAAGUUCUUGUGUGUAAAAGCGGCAUUCUUCGUCAUAAACAGCCCAAUCUAUAUUGGAUAGACUCUCAACAGAAACGGUAUGUUCCAGCCAAGGGUGAGAGUGUGAUUGGUAUAGUGACAGCAAAGUCAGGAGACAUCUUCAAAGUAGACGUGGGAGGAAGUGAACAGGCAUCCUUAUCGUAUCUGGCGUUCGAAGGAGCCACCAAGAGGAACCGACCCAAUGUGCAGGUUGGUGACCUGGUUUAUGCACAGUUCAUCAUUGCAAACAAAGACAUGGAGCCAGAGCUGGUGUGUAUUGAUAGCAAUGGAAAAGCCAAUGGAAUGGGAGUGUUUGGAGCAGACGGAUUUCUCUUCAAGGUUUCCCUGGGGCUAGUACGCAGGUUACUGGCUCCUCAGAGUGAAAUCGUGAAAGACCUGGAGAAGCUUUUCCCCUCUGAGAUAGUGGUGGGCAUGAACGGGUGUGUUUGGGUCAAAGCCAAGACUGUUCAGCAGACUCUUAUUGUGGCCAAUCUCAUUGAGAGCUGUGAGAACAUGACAGCGCAGCAGCGACAGGCACUCUUCAAGAGAGUUGCCGAUGGCAACCUCUGACGGACUCUCAGAAAACAACAACAACAAACAAACCAAGAAACUCAGCUCUUGUUCACAGAGCAGCCAUCUCAGAUUGACAGUAAUGUGAUGUUUUGUUCUUGUUCUCCAGCAGGUUGCUCUUCUCCUUCUGCACGACAGACUUAUGCAAAAGAGAUAAAAUGGUUUAUACUUGGGUGAAGAGAAAUGAGUAUUAGUGCCCAAAGUGGGUAAUCUUAUUUCACUGUCACUGCCGGACAGAAU